CUUCCACCAUUUUAAUGUAGUCAACCACAGAUGAUCCAUUAUAUUGGCCAGAUACUCAACUGGCCGCUCUAAUGUUGAAAAUAAAUGAAUUCAAAGAUGGAAGGCAGUCGGGAGGAGGCAAGAUCAGGUGGGACCAUUCUGGCCAAUGAGAGGGCAGAUAUAAAGUAUGUUUCCAACGAUUAAUGUAUUUUUCUCAAAGUUGCCGGGAUUUCACGUGUCCUACUUAUAUCAGUACACUCGUAACAACCUAAGCAUUACGAAACUUAUAUUCGAUCAAAUAAGCCACACGUAGCAAAUAAGCCAUUACAUUUUUUGUUGACCAGUUUCGGCACUCUCUCAUUGACCUCCAUUCAAAAAUGCGUCACUUGGUGAGCGAAAGAAACGAACAACGCCACCUGCUGAAGAAUAUAGAUUGUUGUCCCAGUUGUCCCUCGCUUCGCCUCUUCCUCUCUGGCUCCGCACAUCAGUGUUCUAAUCAUUAGCCGUAGGUGCCUCCCCGUUUCGUUACGUUUUCUUCCUUUUAUGAAACUUUUUGCAACAUAAUCUGCGUAAUUAUUACACCCCUUGUAGCGACUGCUCCACUUCAAAACAUAAAAAGCACUAACGUUUUGCCAGAGGAGGAUUGCAAGGAGAGUUUGUGUCGGAGUCUGUUCCAGAAAGAAGUAGGUCCAGACUGAUCCAGCUAAGGAGUGAUACUGAGCAGAUACAUGGAUAGCCAAAUGAAGCAACGUGUCUUCACUGGGGUCGUGACACAGCUCCAGGAGCAUUAUGGGAUGGUGGACCAGGAAGUGCGUUUUCAGAAGAGUGUGGUGAAGGGGAGAGUUCCGGCGCUGGGGGAGAGGGUGCUGGUGAAGGCUGUCCUGGAUCUGUCUCAAUCACACAGCUGGAGCGCCCAGAGAGUACAGACCCUCACAGAACACACACAGACGGCAAAGUUUCCUCGUCCUCUCCUGCCCUCCAUGAUGCCUGCACACGCACAGAAACCGGGCAUUCUGGGUAGCAAGCCGCAGCCUCUCCUCAAAUCUCCCAAGAUCCCUCCUCUCAUCCCCAGCAUCCUUCACACUGUGGCCAAGCCGGGGUUGCUGCAGACUCCAUCAUGGGGGGGUCAGUUUGAGGGCUGGGGCAGAGGCAUCAGGAAGAGACCUGCUGAGGCAGGGAGACGAGGAGACCGCCGGGAGGACAGUGGAGUGAGGGGUUGUGACCAGAAGAGGAGGAGGUGGAAGGAGGAGGAGGAUAAGGGAGCUCACCCCAAAAAGACCUCCCCUACCCCAGUUCAGAGUUCCGCCCUCUUCUCUUGCUUCCCCAGGGAUUGUGUGUCCUGUGACAGUCUAGAGCUACAGCGUCGUUACCCCCAUCUCCCUCUCCCCCCAUCCGUCUGCCACCUGUCAAUCAGUUGGAUUGACAGCUUUCCUCCCGCCCAGCCCCUCCCCUUCCCCCUCCCGCAGCCCUGCCUUUACCAUAUAGGCCCCGUCGAGCCUGACCAACACACACACACUGAGAGAGAGGGCGCAGAGUGCACUGUAAAGGUGCUGCUGUUGUCCAUGGCCAGUUCAGAGGAGCUGUACAGACAGUGCUGUGGGCUGCAGGACCUGAAAGACCAGCAGGAGGGUGCUGUGCACCCUGCCUCUCUCAUCAAGUUCCUGUUGGGGGAGGUAGGGGGUGAGUUUCGGGCCCUGGGAGGUCCGUGGUGUCUUGAGACAGAUGGCGGCGGUCCCAGUCCACUGAAGGACCCUCGGGCACUGCUGAGGACAGCCCUGCGCUGUGUGAGGGAACAGAGUGGACUGGACCUCAGCGGCUGCUCCCAGUGGUAUAAGAUGGCUGAGCUGAGCUAUGUUUGUGAGGGGAAGCUGGAGACAGUGGUGUUUUUGUUACCUGAUGUCUGGCGGAUCGUACCUACAGAGGACGACUGGAGCACACUCAGGACUCAGGAGGAGGAAGGGGCCCCUCUCCCUGCUGCUCCAUGCCUGGUUGCAAGGCCUCGUCCUGGGCUAGCCCUCUGCCCCGUCCCCCUCUCCUCUCUCCUGGAGCCCCACACCUCCACAACCAAGGAGGCCUUUGAGGUGGGCUUGCUGGCAGAGUUGUUUUGUGAGAUGCUUCAGAGGGACUUUGGUCUACUGCUCUACCGCUGUCUCGGCUCUCUAACGCCUACACCCACACCCACGGAGGAUGAACAGAUAAAGAAGGACAAAAGGCAGAGAAUACGGGAUGAGAGGAGUAAAAGAUUUCAGGAAAGAGGAGAGAGCAGAGGGAGAGCAGCGGAGGAGACUGAUGACGAUGGAGAAGAGAUAGAUGAGAAAGAAACAGAGGGAGAAAGCGAGAUGUUGGGAGAGGAGGGAAUUACUAGUGAGAAUUCAGACGGCCUCUUAAAGCACAAUGUGCUGUCUCGUAGGGUGUUGUUGGCCUGUGUGUUCUUUGACAGACAGCUCACUGGCAGCCUCAGACAAGCAGACCUUCACAACAUCUUACUGUCACUAGGGCUGUGGCUCACACCCACCCAAGUCCAGGUGUUGUUGAAUAAGGUGUGUGUGGAGGGGCAAUGUCCAUACAGGAUGCUAGCCUCUCGCUGGGAGGAGACGGAACACACAGAACCUGAUAUCAGCAUGGAAGGUAACCGUGGGUUGUUUCGUGGAGCUCCAAAGAAGGAGAAGGCUUGUGGCCGGAAGUCUGGGGGAUCCAGGGGGCCAGCUGCAGCUGUGGGGGCUGAGGUGGUCUCCUACAAGGGCAGUGUGGUAAACAUCCCCAGCCUGCUACAGGCCCUGGAAGCAGCAGACAGAACACGGAAAGCCCUGGAGCUACGCAUCGCCACUCUACAGGACGCACUGGUGGAUGCUGCGGCUGUCACUCAUGGCCAGGAGGAGGGUCUUAACAGCAGGCUGGAGAAGGCGGAACUUCGAAGCUCAUCCUAUGAGAAGAAACUGAAAGAGGAUGCUGGUCACAUGUUCGCCCUCAUCCACAAAAUGCAGGAAAUGGUCGACAAGACGACAAGCCUGACUCAAUCAAAAACAGCAAAUGAAGAGCACUGAUUGGUCGGAGCAGAACAGAGAAUUGAAGAUAAAGUUGAAAGAUUACAUUAUUACAUACACACGCACCAGCCGGCGUGACGGGGAUGAGUGAGUGACUACACACACAUACAGUCAUGACUGAAAGUAUUGGCACACUUGAUAAAGAUGAGCAAAAAAGACUGUAUAAAAUAAAUAAUACAAUUACUGAGCUAUAAUGUAUGCUCCCAAAUUUUUUUAAAUGAUAUGAUUUUAUACUAAUACAACUGCUCAAUGAAAGAUUUUGUUUUUCUCAAUAAGAUGGGGUCAAAAUUAUUGGCACCCCUCUUUUCAAUACUCCGGCACCUUUGUGAGGAUAACGGCACAGCCUUUUUCUAUAAUGUUUUAUGAGAUUGGAGAACACUUUGAGAGGGAUGUUAGACCAUUCCUCCAUACAGAAUCUUUCCAGAUUAUUGAUAUUCUUCAGUCUGUGCUCAUGGACUGCCCUCUUCAAUUCAAACCACAGGUUCAAUGGGGUUCAAGUUCGGAGACAGAGCUGGCUAUUGCAAAAUGUCGAUUUAUUUUACAUUUUUUUAUAUAUAUAUAUUUUUGUGGUCAAUUAACCAUUUCUUUGUAGAAUUUGAUGUGUGCUUGGGGCUAUUGUCUUGCUGGAAGAUCCAGUUGCAGCUAAGUUUCAGCCUCCUGGCAGAGGCAACCAGGUUUUGGGCUAAAAUGUCCUGGUACUGGGUAAAGUCCAUCAUGCCGUUGACCUUAACAAGGGCCCCAGGACCAUUGGAAACCAAAUAUCCCCAUAACAUCAAAGAUCCACCACCACAUUUUACAGUAGGUAUGGGGUUAUUUUCUGCAUAUGCAGAUGCCAGACCCACCACUGGUGGGUGGGUGGGUGUGUGUGUGUGGCCAAAGAGCUCUAUGUUCAUGUCAUCUGACAAUAGCACCAGUUCCAAUCCAAGUACCAAUGCCAUUUAGAAUACUCCAGGCGUUUACAUUUGUUGGAUAUCAUAUUUCUUUAAUGCCAAAUCAGUGUGUCUUGUUUGCAAUGAAACUGUCCCCAUACAGCUUGUUUCUAGCAGAGAGCAUUGCGGACCAUAGCACUGUUAUAGAUCACAUCAGUUUUUAUUUUUCUUCAAAAAUAGAUAGGAAGAAAUAGGCUCCAACACCAAGCCCUCUUGAAAUGAAUUAUUCCUACUCUGAUUUGCUUACUUUCAGCACCAUGAGCUGUCCAUUUCCCAUUGAUUGUGCCGCAGCUGCUGCUUCAAGUUUCAGCACCACAAAGUAAAUUACUGAAAUCUGGCUUAUUGUGAGAUCAAUAACUCUGAUAAAUACAUCAUUGGCAAGAAAAAUAUUGUUUUUAAUCAAAUCUAUUAUAGCAGUAGCAAGCUAUAGGCUCAGAACAUAGGCUAUAGGCUAGUCUGUGCGCAAGACUGCAUUUUCUAGACUAGGCCUAAUAAAUAAAUAAAAAUCUGAAUAAGCCAUUGACUCUCCUGAACUGCUACCGUAGUCCAGCACAGCCAUUGGUUAGGCAGCACACUAACGUUUUGGAUGAGCAGAGCAGGCCGGGGUUGGAAUAUCCAUUGCAGUGUGUUAUGCAACCCAGUUUUAUUUACACCAUCCCAGCAGCCAUCUUAGAAAUAUAACUUUGCUCUAUGCUUCUCCCAGCAUGCACUUUGUAUUCUAUAGGCUAUGGAUAAUUUGAUUGAACCACACUAAAUAGCCUGUAAGCACACUUGAUAUUCCGCACCCAGCAGAGAAUCAGAGUUGAGGGGCAGCAUCGGGCACACGUCAAUCUAUAGCCAAUUAAGCAACUCAUUCGAAAACGCUGAAAAUAUUGACAUUUCAUCAAUUACAUGACUCUCCCCUGGACUAGAAAAAAAAAAAAUGUAUAUAUAUAUACUACCGGUCAAAAGUUUGGGGUCACUUAGUUGUUUUUGAAAGAAAAGCAAACAUUUUUGUCCAUUAAAAUAACAUCAAAUUGAUCAGAAAUACAGUGUAGACAUUGUUAAUGUUGUAAAUUACAUUAAUGACAUUGUAAAUAACAUUCUAAGUGACCCCAAACUUUUGACCGGUGGUGUAUACACAAAACCCUCCAGUUAACCAUUCUGUAAAUGUUUAUCCAUCCUCUACUGUAAAAUAUGGUGGUGGAUCUUUGAUAAGCUCAGAAUGUCAAGGAUCUGAUUCUGUAUUGGGGAAUGGUCUCAGAUCCCUCCCAAUGUGUUCUCCAAUCUAAUAAAACAUUUUGGAAAAUAUGUAUUUUAUUUCAUGAUGUCAAUGUUACUGCAAACAUUCUUCAUUCAACAACUCUACUUCCAUCUAUCAUUGUGAUUUGGCAGGAAUAAACACGUUUGACUUUAAAAAA